AUGUACUUCUCAAGAGCAACCAUCGUCUCCGCCAUCUUCGGCCUCGCAUGCGCACAGGAGUCUUCCAUGUCUAUGUCCAUGGGCUCUGCUACUGAGCCAACUCUCUCCUCAGCAGUACUCGGCAGCGUCUCGACCUCCACACCGGCCGCAAUGGCAGGUAUGGUCAUGACGCACGUAGUCCAAGUCGGAGGACCCAACGGAAGCCUGACCUUCUCUCCCUCCAACAUCAAGGCACAGCCCGGAGAUCUUGUCCAGUUCCAAUUCCACCCCAAGAACCACUCCGUCGUCCAAUCCACCUUCGACAACCCAUGCACCCCCAUCCAAAACAUCAUGAGCAACAAGACCGACGCCUUCUUCUCCGGCUUCAUGCCCACCAACGCCUCCCUGACCGCCACAAGCCAAGUCCUUACCUACACCAUCCGCGUCGCAGACGAGAAGCCCGUCUGGUUCUACUGCUCCCAAGGCAAGCAUUGCCAGGCUGGUAUGGUCGGUGCCAUCAACGCUCCCGCAUCCGGCAACAAGACAAUGGAAGCCUUCGUCGCCCUCGCCGCUCAAGCUACUGAGAACCUCUCCCCCGGCCAAGCUGCUGGCUCUGGUGGCGCAUCUGGAAACACACCUACCUCGCCUUCAGCUGGCGGCGGCGCAAACUCUGGCACUGAUGGCACCUCUGGUGGCGCUGCAGGUGGCGAUGCUAGCGGUACUGCCAGCGGUGCUCCUGCCCAGCAGACUGCCAACACUGCGGCGGCUGGUUUCAGCGCCCAGACCUUCAUCGGCGCUGCGGCGGCUGCUAUUGUUGCCGCUGUCGCCGUCUUGUAA